AGGAUUUAAAAUUUGCAACAAAUCAAUCUUCACCAACAACUACCUUCCCAAUUGGCAUCAUCCUCCUUCAUCAUCAUCUAGGGUUUCAACUUUCAUCCUCCAACAAUAAAUUCCGGGGAUACCGAUUUCUUCCAUGUUGAGAAAUCAAAGGGUAAAACCGUCAUUUGAGAUCCAAGAUGGAGGAUGAUAAACGGCUCGAUCUCAGCUUAUCCCUACCAUGCGGCAGACCAUCUGCCGCCUCAAAAGGUAAAACCGUCAUUGGUUCAGACGUUCGGGUGGAGGAAGCUGAUAAUAGGGGUAGCAAACUAAUCGAUGAUUUCAAGAACUUUCUAGAUGGUUCUAAUCAUAAAGAAGAGUCAACUAUCGUCUCUCAGAGAAUUCAACAGUCAAAACCAGAGGAAAAUAUCGUAUAUGAUCUUUCAAAGGGACCGUCUAAUACGGAGACAGGUAACAAACGUAAAAACAUGUUUGAUGAAAUUAAUAAUCAAAAACGACAUGAAAGAGACAACUAUCUUGCUACGUUGCACAUCAAACCACGGACCCCGCAUGUCUCGAUAACCGCGGAUGACGCGUCAGCCGCUGAAAACGAGGAUGUGGCAGAUUCUGAAGCUGGUGAUGUGUCAAAAAGAUCUGAGUCAACUGGUGUUGACUUGCAGAGUCAAAGGGCGUUUACUAUUUCAUCGGAAAAAGAGCUUAAAGUUGGGCAUGUUGUGUCACAUGGUGGAGUAUUUCCGGGUCAAUCCGCAAAUGUUAUGAAUUUGCCUUACUCGUUAUCGGUCAAAGAGUCAAACUCUAUUCCGGGAAGUCAACAGCCUGUGAUUCCUGCAAACUUGCCAUUGAUGUUUGGUUACACUCCGGUCCAGGUGGCGACUGUAACUCCAGCAGGUGUGACACCUGUAAACACACCGAAGCCGUUUGAUAGGGCAAAGGGUGACAAUAAAAGGGCGAAAGAAGACGGGCCAUCUAUGCAUACAGAAGUCGACAUGAAGGGUACAAACGUAAUUGACCAGUCACAGCCCGAAAGAUUUCCUCAAGAAUACCCUGCUAUAAGGCCCGGUAUAGCUGCAGAACUUAAAUUUGGAGGAAGUGGGUCCUCCCCAAAUCUACCAUGGGUUUCCACAACAGGCCCGGGCCCAAAUGGGAAAACAAUUUCAGGUGUUACAUAUAAAUACAGUGGGACUGAAAUCCGUAUCGUUUGUGCUUGUCAUGGGUCCCACAUGUCACCCGAAGAAUUCGUUCAGCACGCUACCGAAGAACAACCCAAUCUAAACGGUGCGCGUGCUGGUGGGGGUGCGGGUUUACCACCAUUUUCUAGUAGUAACCCUGCUGCUUCGGCUCAGAAUUGAUCGAAACCGUUUAUUUUUUAAUCUGGCAGUUUAGGUUAAUAAUAGUGGCAUUUGAUGCGAAUACAACGGCUUAUGAUUUUGUCACUCGUGUGAUAAAUAUAGUUAUAUAGCAUAGGUUAUCUAUUCAUAAUAAGCAAGUUGUAUGUAAUGCAUUGGUAUUUCUUUUUAACCCAUUUAUAGUUAGAUGGGUCAGUUUGGGUUCCCUGUCAAGUGUGAAGUUAAUUGAGUACUAUUAAGCAUGUAAAAUAACCAAAUCGGACACGAACAGGGCAUGUUUGUGUUUGUUCA